UAUUUAUUGCCUUAUUGGCGGAUCUUUGCCAUCCUUUCUUCUUCUUUCUUUCUCCCGUCCUUUUACUGCUAAAUUCAAAAGUAUCCAUACAAGUUCAUUGAAGGGGUGUUUAAGAUUGUUGUAUGCAGGCCUUCCGGGCUUUGUUGUAUAUUUGCUCUUUUUCUUUGCAUCAAACUCUAUUUAUAAUGGGGACAAUCAAUAAAGAUUAUUUUUUUUCAUCUCUCAAAGCUUGUUUCUUUAUCUACUGUCAUAGUAGGCAAGUCAAUUUACCUUAAAAUGAAAAGGACUUGCCUAAGCAUCAGAUGCUUUGACACAAAACCAACCCUCUUACCCUCCCCGGUUCCAGCAAUUACAGAUAUCAUAAACACCACUAAAUUUGAGCUUUAUCACUGUCAACAAUCCUAUAGGCAUCAUCAAUCCUUAUCUUUUGGUUACUCUCAUCACAAGACAAUAGCAGAUCUACUACAUGCUUAUGUCAUCAAGAAUGGCUCUCUUCAAAGUCUGGGUAUCUGUAAUUAUCUUUUGAACCUCUAUGUAAGGAAGUCUCAGAAUUUGUAUCAUGCCCACAAGCUGUUCGAUGAAAUUCUUGCUAGAGACAUUCGCACCUGGACUAUUCUGAUAUCGGGUUUUGCUCAUUAUGAGAAUUAUAAAAUGGUUUUGCAUUUGUUUAGAAAAAUGCAAAGGGAGGGUGUUUAUCCUAAUCAGUUCACCUUAUCUAGUGUUUUAAAAUGCUGCUCUACUUUGUGUGAGUUAAGAAACGGGAAGGCGAUUCAUGGGUGGAUAUUGACAAAUGAGAUUGGGUUGGAUGUUGUCUUGGAGAAUUCUAUUCUUGAUCUUUAUGUGAAAUGUGGGGCUUUGGAUUAUGCACAAAGAUUGUUCAAGUCAAUGGAAUGGAAAGAUACCGUGUCAUGGAAUAUAAUGAUAAGUGCAUAUUUGCAUAUGGGACAUGUGCAAAGAGCCCUUGAUUUGUUCCUGAGUUUGAACUUCAAAGAUGUUACAAGUUGGAACACGAUCAUGGACGGGCUAAUGAAAAAUGGAUUUGAAAGAACUGCAUUGGAGUUGCUUUACAAGAUGUUGGAAAUUGGACCUAUGUUCAAUGCGUUUACGUUUUCUAUAGCUUUGAAUUUGGUUUCAUGUUUAUCGCUUUUGGAGCUGGGUAAACAGAUUCAUGGCCAGGUUCUAAGACUUGUGCUUCACAAUAAUGGGUUUAUUAGGAAUUCACUUUUGGGUAUGUAUUGCAAAUGCGGGAAAAUGGAAGAGGCAUCCAUGACUCUUAGAACAAUUCCUCUGAAGAUUUCUUGUGAUGAUUCAUUAGCAGAAAUUGUCUCAUGGAGUUCAAUGGUUUCUGGAUAUGUUAGGAAUGGCAAGUAUGAAAGUGCAUUACAAACAUUCAGGUUUAUGGUCAAUGAACAAGUUGUGGUGGACAAAUUUACACUCACAAGCAUUGUCUCUGCUUGUGCAAAUAAAGGGAUUUUAGAAUUAGGAAGGCAGGUCCACGCCCACAUUCAGAAAAUUGGGCACAAACUAGAUUCUCAUUUAUGUUCCUCAUUAAUUGAUAUGUAUGCUAAAUGUGGAAGCCUGAAUGAUGCUCAAAGGAUCUUUAAACAAAAUAUUGAUAUGAAUGUCGUACUGUGGACAUCAAUGAUAUCUGCAUUUGCUUUCCAUGGACAAGGGCAGGAGGCUGUUCAACUCUUUGAGUGCAUGAUGAAUGAGAGAAUUAAACCAAAUGAGAUUACAUUUAUUGGUGUUUUAAUUGCUUGUAACCAUGCAGGGUUGCUUGAAGAAGGCUGUAAAUAUUUUGAGUUGAUGCAAAAAGUUUAUGGUAUCAAGCCUGGUUUUGAACACUAUACUUGUAUGGUAGAUCUUUAUGGUCGAUCUGGUCGCUUGAAUGAGGCAAAAGAGUUUAUUCAUGAAAAUGGUAUCUCCCACUUGAGUGCAGUUUGGAAGUCAUUUCUAUCUUGUUGCAGACUUCACAAAAAUGUUGAGAUGGGAAAGUGGGUAUCUGAAAGACUGUUGAAGCUCGAACAAUCUGAUGCAGGUUCCUAUAUUUUGUUGUCAAACAUGUAUUCUACUGAUCAUAGGUGGGAAGAGGCAGCUAAUGUGAGGAGUUUAAUGCGGCAGAGAAGAGUUAACAAACUACCAGGGCUGUCUUGGAUCCAACUUAAGAAUCAGGUCCAUAAUUUCUUCUUUUGAGGAGAUCAGUGGGUUCUCUCUAAACAAGCCCCUUCAUUCCUUAUCUUUGUUUAUUAAGCAAGAUAGGUCGUAAAGGUAGAAAAACCCAACAAAGGAUCUAUUCAAAAAUCCUACCUUUGAUAGGUGUUUAGUUCCCCCUGCAACUAGAUCACAAACUCGGUACUGUAACAUAUAUUCAUAGUUGGAGAAGCUCAAUGGAAGAUUAAAAAAAAGUGGGUACUCAUCUGAUGUGAAACCAAUGAUACAAGAUGUGGAAGAAGAGCAAAGUAAACUUUUUGGUUUCCUUAGUGAAUAACUAGCACUUGUUUAUGUGCACAUCUUCUGGAAUGCCAAUUUGUAUAGUAAGAACCUUCAGGUUGGCACUGAUUGCCAUAAUUUUAUCAAGUAUACUUCUCAGCUUUUAGAUAGAGAGUAAAUCGUGAGAGAUUUUCUCUGGUUUCAUCAUUUUAAGUGUUGGACUUGUGGAGUUUACCGGUGACCAAAGUCAGAGCUUCUUGUCUAUAUGAUUCUGUAGGUCAUCAGUCAUAAAUCAUGGUGAUGGUUUGAGUUUACUUGCCACAAUUGUUAUGGACAUCAGCGUGCAUCUCCAGUUAAACUGGAAUCAUGAAUGGUGUUGGCACAGUAAUUCGAUGGAGAAGCAAUUGGAUUUACAUGAUGUAUUUGUUCAAGUCCAAACCUCUUAGUUAUGCCUUAUUGAUUUUGACAUUGUUAUGCCUAAAGAAAAAUGCAGGUAUUUUCUAUGAGAAAUAAUGAUUUUGUUCUAUAA